AUGGCUUCCCUCAUCUCUCUCCGCGGCCUCCGCCCGACCCUCACAUCCCUCGCCCCCGUCGCAACACCAAGCACCGCCCGCGCCCUCUCCACCUCGGCGCCGCUCGCCGCCCGCAAGGCCGCCUCCAAGGCCGCCUCCAAGGCCGCCUCCCGCAAGGGCGCCUCCGGCGGCGGCACGCCAGACAGCAUGUACCACGCCAACGAGGAGCUCCGCCGCACCGCCGGCCCCGGCACCCGCGACGAGGGCUGGCUCUACCGCGUCGCGCAGGAGAAGAAGGGCGUCUACGGCCCCGGCGCCGUCCCCAUCGAGUACGCCCGUCACCAGGCCGAGACCCCGGCCCGCAAGGCCUGGGAUCACGAUUGGAAGCGGUGA